UCGAUGUACGUAUUGACACUUCAAUUCGCAAUCCAUUUCUUCAAACUUUUUCUGGAAUGUCACGUUUUUUUGCGAGGGAAACAAGCUUUCGAGUAAAUGAAUUUUUAUAUAAGGCCUAAUGAUAUCUUGACAGAUCCAUUUCAAGAUUCUACCACAGUUAACUUAUAAUGAUCGAAAUUUCAAAUAGAAUCUAUUAGAAUCCGUUGUGAUAAACGUCAGACUGACAUUAAACAGUAUCAACUGUCAAAACGAUUUGAUUCAUUCUCUGGUUCGUACGUUCUUACACGAUUUUAUAAACUGGACUCAACGCUGUGUCGCUGAAUUUUAUAGGCAUUUUCCUUCUAACGUGUUUUAUCCGAUUCGCCGAUUCGCCGUGGCGGUAGAAUCAUAGUCUCAGGGGUUUCAACCAACAACCAACAAAUAGACAAAUGAUACAAAUUUAGAGACAUAUAUUAAAUAAUUAAACGCGCGAAUAUAUUUGUGGAGCAACAUAUUAUAAUAGUAACGUAUUAUAACAGUAAUAACGAUAAGAAUGACGAUGCCGACGAUAAUGAUAAUAAUAACGAUAGAGAAUAUUAACAUUAGUAUUAAUGAUGAUAACGAUGAUGAUAAUAAAGAUAAGAAUGGCAAGAAAACACUAUACGGUGACUUGUUUGCAUUGUAAAUCGAGACUUGCAUACUUGCUUGCACACCGCGAGAGAUAACGCAUCCGCUGCGAAAGGAGUACAACUUUAAUGUCACUUUUUUUUUUUUAACGAACUUCUUUGCUGCGAUAGGGAGAAACUUCGUACGUAUAUAUAUAUAUAUAUAUAUAUAUAUAUAUAUAUAUAUAUAUAUAUAGAGUUCAUCCGCAACAAAUUCGACUACAAUCCUCUCUCUGUAUUUUACUUGCAUCGGUAUGGUCGCGCAACUUGAAAACGCUUCCGCUUCUCUCGCGAAACGUGCGUGCGCCAAGAAAGAUGACAAAUGGAUCGUGGACCUGAAAAGUUUCAUAUAUCAUGGCGUGUAGUGUUUACAGUGUAGGUUUGUUUCUUCUUCGAAAGUACAAUAUAAAGUGGUUCUUCGAGAGUCCUUCUUUCCUCGUCCGUUUGCCGGACAAACUCACCAGACCAGUCAUAAAUUGUACCUGCUGCGAAGGAACGCUGCUUCUGCAAUUUCUACGAAUAUAUAUAUAUAUAUGUGUGUAUAAGAGAUAUACCUGUAAUUAUAAUUUUUAUAUAUAUAUAUAUAUAUAUGGAAACGGAUACGUAUGCGUAAGCGUCUUAGCGAGUCGAUCGAAAAUAAAGUAGGAACUAACACCGAUCUUUUGCUCUUUCACGUCUUGACUCUGUGGGCUCCCGUUCGAAUUGAAUCGUUCGUGUCGAAAAUAUUCGCGAGCGUUUACGCGCGAAAUGUGCCGAUUCUAACGAAAUAGAAUAUUACAUCGCCUCAGUUGACGCACAGCAAUCAUGUCGCAAGCGGCGGUUCCGCGUGUGUUCCUCUAUUUAUUAGCUUCCUUCUUCGUCGCUUUUUCCAGUGAAAUUGAAAAGGGCCAUUUCCUCGUAGAAGCAAACUCGCACGUGCAGCCGGACAAUUGUUUGGAGUUCGAUGUCGACGAUCUCGAGGAUUACUUGUCGAAGCUCAAUUUCGAGAAUGUGCCGACGAUCAGUAUGAUGAUCGGCGAAUUCAAAUGUCCGGUCACAGCUUUGCCGUUCGGCGCUUUGAAAUCGGACUGGGCGAGACUGCUGCUUCUGCAAAGGGCGCAACCGAGGGAAUCAAUUUUGUUAAAGAAACUGGGUCGUCUUUUCAGAAUCUUGGUGACCGCCUAUUUUCAAAUGGAAGAACGUUUCGACGUUGUGCAAUCUGGAUCUUUAAGUACGAGCAGUCCAACCACGUUGUCUACGAAUGAAAGCAUUAUUAACGUUGAUUCGAAGGAUCAAACAAAAGAACUCGGUAGCACGAUAACCGAUCCGAGAGAGACAAACGAAACCUCGAUGAAUUUAGUUUCAACUAUCACGUUUAACGAAGAAUCGAAUAGCACGAUCGAAAUUAAACGAACUACAGCUGCGAGUUCGAGCGUAACAAGCGAAGUCGAAAGCGACGAUUUUGAUGCAAUGCGUAAUAAUAUCCCUUCGGUGAAAGUUACACUGUCACCCGUCGUCGAUGGAACAAUGCUUUGUCCGACGAGCAAGCAAAUCGAUGAAAAGAGCACGACGACUUUUGCAAAUAUUAUCGACUUUUCAUAUAUAAGCGCCGAGAAACAAAAGUACAGAGAGAUUACAACUUCGAGCGCAAUUGAAUACGUCACGGCUGACACUGGGAAUAAUUUCACCAUGAAUAACAGUUGCGCGAAUAUUUUUCCAACAAACAAAUUAAAUGAGAAUCGAAACGACUCCGUCACCGACGGAGAUAUUAAAAUUUCAACGACGGAGUUCGGCGGAGAGACGACAAAUUUAAUUUCUGCCACCACUAGCAUUUCGGGGCUACGGGAUUCUAAUGAUCAAAGAUCAAUGCCGAAAUUAACUCUCCCCGUUAAUUUCAACACGGCAGAAUCUAAUGAGAUAAAAGGACACGUUUCUCUAAAGAAAACCAAUGCCGGAAGUGGCUCUUCUAUUUCUCAGGAAAUCUCGGAUUUAGCGAAAUCCGAAAAUAUAAGCCUCAAUCCCACGAAUCGUCCAAUCGGCAGAGUAUCACAAGUCUUUCAAAGGGUUCCGUGCAAUUCUGUAAAUUCUACUGUCCCCUGUAACAAGAUCGAGAAACCAUCGUCGGACAAUGAGGUUUGGAAAUACAUUGCAAUUUCACCAAAAGUUAAUUCGGCUACAGUUACCACGAAACCGACCUCAGCGUUGGAAACGGGGAGCGCAAAUCAAUCUGAAGGAGAUUUGAUAAAAACUAGAAAACGUGGUAGCACGAACACGAAUAUCGAAAAAAGUUUCCGGUGGUUUUAUACCUUUGCCCACGGAAGUAAGAAUCCGUUUGAUCGGAGCGUCCACAUCAAAUGCAACGGGAAUAAACACAAGGACGGAGAAUAAGCUCGCCACCGGGACGAUAUUUCUGGUCCGCGAGCAGAACGAAUUUGCACGUAUCGUUUAAAAGGCAAAUGAUGGAUCGGAUUGAACUGACGAUAAUAAUAAUAAAAUCACUCGAAUUGCUCGAGUUCGUUGCUUCUCGAUUUCUCUGAUUGUAAUCGUAUUUGCAGGCCCCCGUGUAAGAGGGUCGCACAGUUGCGACAACUGGACACUUGCCGAUUCUUAUCAGCGAUAUUGCGAGCCAGUCCAUAAAUUCAUGAGGCGGUGUAACGUUGACUGAUAUUUACGAGGUCCGCAGCUGGUCAACGUUCGUCAUGCUUUACGAGCUGUCGUAAACGAAUCCUCUUAUUAUUCCGGCUUCUGUCCGUAGGAUUUUUUUCGGACCGUCUGCAAGGCAGAUUGGCGAUCGUUCGUGCGCUGAUCGGCCCCGAUGCAAUUUACGCGGGCCAACGAUGGGCCAUCGUUGUUUCGGAUGUGAUUACGAUCCAGUUGAAAUUGCACGCGAAAUCGCGGGAAGAAGAACACACGGAAAACAAAACAAAAAAAAAAAAAAAAAAAAAAAAAAAAAAAAGAGAAAGAUACGGGAUCAGUGUUGCGCUGUUUAAAAUGUUCUCUCGUUAUCCGCGGGAAAAGCGCGAAUGAAAACGACCGCGAUGAGUUCAUAAUUGGCUUUACGCAAACUAUUGUGACUCGAUGGUUUAAUAACGGUUUUUCGAGAUAGCACAGCCGAUCAGUUUAAUUUGCAACGAUAGCAUAUCAGCGGGUUGCGGUUAAUAACCAGCCGAAGGUACGCGAACAAAUAGGUGUGUUCGAUCAGCGCGCCGUGUCGUUUCGAAUUAUUCCGCGAUAUUUUUGUUAAAAUGUCCGUUUGUUCCGUUUGUCGAUUUACGCACCGGCGAUGGUGUGCGUAAUCGUUUUGGUGUAAAUGCCCGCCGUUCGAAACGUAUGGGAAAUCACCCUGUCCAAUGACUUUAUCGCUCAUAUUGCUUACAAUUAUACAAAAUAGAUUUUCGGCAAAUAUGCUUGAAUUUUAGAUUUACACGGUGGUUAUUAAUUCAAUAUGUGUCUCCUCUUUAAUAAAAAAUACACGCAAUUCGUGACGCACUUCGAUUUGAAGAGUAUUCCAGCUACUUUGAAUACCCUUGAAGUUAACAUAUUCGAGACUGUUUCAAGGAUUUUAGAAAAAUUGUCCUCGAUAGCCGACGAUAUUUCUUCACUUGUAGUAAAAUCUGUGCUGAAACAAGAUAAUUACAUUUUACUAUGAUUUUUAUUAAAAAAAUAUCACGUGUGUCGUUGGCUGCACGAAAUCAUUUUUCUAUCCUAAAAUCAAUUGACGCGCAAAAGGAUAAGUAACAAAGAUAAUGAUAUUUAUCGUAAAAACUGAAGAGUAAUCGCUUUUAGUCAAUAACGCAAACAUUGUGUCUCCAAUUACCAAAUAGAAACGUUAAUAAUUAAGUUACCGGUCUCGUGCGUGUUAAUACUUUUCCCUUUUUAUAACAAUUUUUCUAUCCUAAAGGUUAACACCUUUUACUGUUAGCUGAUCAAAAUUAAUUAACUUCCGUUCUAACUUCGAAUUCGGAGACUUUGUCGAACGAAAUGCGUGGUCGACGUCCUGGAGAUUAAUCGUUAACAGGGUAAUCAAGAAGUUAGUUUUCUCCGUUGCCCAUUCGAUUUGUUGUCGUUGAAUUCCCAGUGAUCAAGGCGGGCAGCGUUUUAAUUCGAAAGACUCUGUUAUACCGUUGAUAGGUUUCCACGAGACCUCUUCGCAGGAAUUAGCAACAGAGCGAGCUAUAUUUAUUAGAGUCAAUAAUUUUGCCCGUUGUGAAACGAAUUAGCGGUGCAUCGCUUCCUUCGCGUGAACAAAUUACCCAGUGAGAUGCCGGUCGAACGGAAACCCUUUCCAGGUUUCCCUUUGCACCUGCUUUUCCCUAUUUCUCACGUUCGCGCUGAUAAACGGUCGCGCUUUGACGCGAUUCGUCAGUAAUUGCGUAAACAGUUGCGACCCCCAGACACGCUUGGAAAUUCAAAGUUUCUCCCCGAAUGCGAAAUAUUGUUCUCACGGUGUUGCAUAGAUAUGGAUACAUAGAUAUAGAUCGGCACCAGCUUCAUAAGCUGACACGUUCGUUUCGUUUCACGCGGGCGCGCGCGCGUGCGAGAGAGAGAGAGAAAGAGAGAGAUAGAGAGAGAGAGAGAGAGAGACGAGGGAGGGCUGACAAAUUAAUCCCGGGAAAUCGUUCACGGAGGAGAGAGGCGGCUGCGGGAUUGACAAAUAAAGGCGAUCAAUCGCGGGCGAACGUUUCAACUCUGGCGAAACAAAUUUCCUCAUUACUUAUCAUUUCUUCGCGAUUACUCGCCGGCCGGAUUACCGCCGUGCAUUGUUCUUCAAGGGAGGGGAAACAAAUUAGCCGCUUCGUAGGAACGCAGGACAUGAAGAGAUUCUCUCUUAGCUCGGUGCUUGUUCCUACGGUCUCCCCGUGUCUGGAAUACGGGAAUAUCUAACCGAGGGCUACGUCCGCUUGCUCAAACCGUUCGUCAGGAUUACUUUAGCUUCUCUCGAGCAGCCUCGGUAGUUGCGACGAUAGACUACUAGCAGCUAGAGCGGCGUCUAUCUACCGCCGGCGGAAAGUUCACGGGAAUCAUUUAACUGGGAAAGAGUAGCGUGAUCGUAAAGGGGUGAGGGAUGGGUUGGAAUGGUGGUGAUAGUAGCGGUGCCGUUGAAGGAGGCAGAGGCGAGGUCGAAGAGACGCUCGGUAAUUAUUUUACCGACGAGAGCGAAAGGGUGAGAGAAUGCAACUUGCCUCCUCCUCCUCCUCCUUCUCCUCCUUCUACCCCUACCCCUUUCGUCUUUUCAUUCUGCCUCCGUUUCUGGCGGCUUGAUGCUAAUUCAUACUAAUUGGUUGCAUUACUCCCGUUUCAUUCACCCGCCGUGCCUGUUUUCUUUCCUUUCGAUGGAAACCGCCCAUUUUCAUUCCUGUUCAUUCUUCGUUAGUCGACGCCAUUUCGUUCUUUCUGUUAAUUAGUCAUCCAUUAGUUCGAAAUAUUUCCUGCAAUUGAGCCGUGAUUCUCGCGCUCUUGGAUGUUCAGUUUGUGUUGGAUUUUUGGACACUUAUCACUGUGGAUGUUUAUUUUCGUUUGUUUAGAUCCUUCGAGGAGCAAACGAAGGCAAUUUCACUUGCUAGAUUCGAUCGAUCCUCUUUGGGCUCACCGAAUUUUAGAAAACUGUGCCGAGAGGCAGUAUCUUCUUUUUCAUUUUACAUUAUUUUAUUAUCGUUUCAUUUAGAGAAGAAUCAGUAGCUUUUGAAAAUACAUGGAAUGGAACUUUCUCAGCUCCAUCUAUAAUGCUAUCAUCCUAUAAAAUACUAUUUUUCGAAAGGAAAUUUCUAUUCUUGUCCGUGUGACAAGAAAUUAUAAAGAAGUUAUGAAACUCAACAAUAUUACGUUUGCAACGUUAUAAACGAAAUAUUACAGAUAUUAAGGAGUUAAUGAUAAAAAUUUGUUUCAGUCGCAAACGUGUAAUAUUGGAGUAGAUUCGUGUGUUUAUCUCUCCGUUUAGGUUGGCCAAAAGAAUUAAAAGGCGGUAAUAUAGUCUCCGCGAGACACGCAACAAGGCCUAGCUUGGUAACCUACUCGGCUUCCGCAGAAAUAAUGGAGAAGCUUGAAUUAUAGCGAAAUAAAAUAACGGCUCGACCUAUACCGGAAGAGGAGUAGGGAAGAGUGUUAUAAAUAGGUGGUCGUUCUUUGUUCUCGGCAACAUGCUCCGCAACGAUAAAAAUUUCUCCUGAAAGCAAAAGAUCUCACGGACCACGUGUAGCUACUUUUAUGGCACUUGGCCAGUUUCGGGGUUGUACGCGUUCUUGAGCCGAGUUCUCUGCCCUCUUUAUCCAUUUUCUCAUUCCCGCGCGCUCCAAUGUUUUCGAAAAAGCAGCCCCAACGACCGCGGCACGUCAUUUUUUCUUGCCUCACGACUCUUUGGGUUU